AAGUACUUGGUACUAAUUUACGAUAAAAAACUUAUUUUCAAAGAGCAUAUUGAGAGUAUACAAGCCAAGUGCAUCAAAUAUACGACAUGUUUCCUCUCAUUAACAGGAAUUUUAAACUUUGUUUAAAGAACAAACUUUUGAUUUACAAACAAAUUUUUAGACCAGCAAUGCUUUAUGCUGUACCGAUCUGGUCAAGUUGCUGUUCAACAAGGAAGAAAACGCUUCAAAGGAUUCAGAAUAAAAUUCUGAAAAUGAUUUUGGAAUGUGCCUCACUGUCCCAAAAACUAUGAUAAAUUUGUGAUUUUUUCAAAAAGGUUCGAUCAAAAUCGGUGCAAAUUUUGCGGAAUGGCAGGUAAAAGAAUUUUCAUUUUUUUGGCUCAGGAGGGGUCGGGUACGCAAGUGUUAAUGAAUUAGAAAAUAAAAUUUCUGUAAGAAAAUCUGAGGUGAAUUCUUGACGACUAUUUCAUUCUACUUCAUCGAUCAAUUUUAAUAUUAUUAUUAUUUAAAAACGAUAUCCUUCACUCGUAUAUCAUCUAAGCAAAACGUUGCGAACCUGAUUUUAGAAUUGUCUGGAGUACAUACAAAUUUUUUUUUAUCGUUUUUUUUCCAAACAAUUCAGUUCACUUAAUGGCUCUCUAUUGAAGAGAACGUGGUGAGCCGCUAUUUGUUGGAUCACAACAUCGAGCACUUUAUCGAGCAGACGGAAAUAUUUAUCAGUGACGCGGUGCUCUUAUCAUUCUGGUACGGUUUGCCAUACUGCCCCGUACUUAUUAACCUCCUGGCACCGAGUGGCACCAGUCAUCAAAAUUAAUCUGCUGAGAGAACACUACUUAAAAUGAAGGCAGCUCUUUCUAUCCCGGCGCUUUUAUUUUCAGUACUUUGUGUGGGGUUUGGUAGCGUGCGCGUUAGUGAUGGGUCCAAGAUUUUGGCGGUGUUUCCGAGUACGAGCAAGACGAACUAUCUGUUCGGACAGGUGCUGUUUGAAGAGCUAGCGUCGCGUGGUCAUGAGAUAACGGUGAUAAGUCCGUUCGAGCUUCAGUACGACAGUGAAAACAUCAAGCAAAUCAAGCUGACCGGCAUGUUCGCCCACCUCGAAGAUUACGGCAUAAAUGCAAACAUCUUCACAAAAUGGGAUAGGUCGAGUCUGUACGGGAAAAAUAACCUAAUCUAUGGUACAGCGGCUAUGGCUGACUACACGCUUGGACAUCCAAAGGUUCAGGAGUUGAUGAAAUCGGAUGCGACAUUUGAUCUGCUAAUAUUGGAUCAAGUGCCGACAGACAGUCUACUGGGUUUGGCAUUCCACUACGGCAUUCCGGCCAUCGUUUACAGCUCAACCGCGACGAAUAAGUUUACCAAUGAAAUGGUUGCAAACCCACAUAAUCCGUCCUACAACCCUAUCAGUGAACUCGGAUAUUCCGAUCAAAUGACCUUCGUUCAGCGCUUCUGGAACACGAUCGUUUCCCUUUCGGAGCAGUUCAAUUAUAAGUUCUUCUAUCUACCAUCACAGGAAGCGGUUUAUCAACGACAUUUUGGCAGAAAGAACCUGCCACCUCUUUUGGAUCUUAUCCACAACGUCAGCUUGGUUAUGGUUAACACGCAUCCAGUGAUCAACCAUCCGCGUCCUUUGGUUCCCAGUAUGAUCGAAGUCGGAGGUCUUCAUCUGCGGAAGUUCAACGAUAGUGGACUGUCGGAGGAUGUAGUAAACUGGGUCGAAGCUGCCAAAAAAGGUGUCGUGGUUUUCAGUUUGGGAGCGAACACUAAGUCCGCAGAUUUGCCGGCUAACGUUCGCAAAGCAUUCACCGGAGCUUUCUCGCAGCUAUCGGGAACACUGAUUCUGUGGAAGUGGGAGAAUGCUACGCUUGACAAUCAAACGACGAACGUCAUUAUUGGACCGUGGAUGCCCCAACAGGAGUUGCUUGCUCAUCCGAAUGUACGCUUGCUGAUCACUCACGGAGGACUACUGGGAAUGAUGGAGUCGGUGUACUAUGGUAAACCGAUUCUGGGUCUGCCGUUGGCAGGUGAGCAGGAAGUUCUGGUGGAUAGAGCCGUCCAAGCUGGGUAUGGCUUGAAGUUGGACUAUCAAAACAUAACCGAAGAAAUUGUGCUGAGUUCGAUCAAACAGAUCUUGGAGGACAGCUCAUUCCGAGAGAAUGCUUUGAAGGCUUCAGCUCAUUUCCGGGAACAUUCCAUGAAACCACUGGAUAAAGCUGUGUACUACAUCGAGUAUGUGCUCAGGAACGAUGGUGGAAUUGCGAAUCUGCGAACCGGAGCGCUGAGGUUAAACUUCUGGCAGCGACAUCUGGUUGAUGUGGUUUUGUGUCUCGCGACGCUAUGUUUGGUCCUAGUGACCGCAAUUGCUACCUUGAUCCAGAUAAUUCUGCGAAAAACACAUAAAAGAAAAUUAAAAGCUUCCGCUGCCGGGCAUACCACGAACGGUGCGGGUGGUGCAAUAAAAAAGAAAACCAAUUAAUUCAAUGCUUUCGAUUAUGCGGCUUUUGGUUUUGAAGUAGGACACAGUGAAAAAAGUUAAUGUUUUUGUCGCCUUCGGAGGGUGAACAUAAAUAUGGAUUCAUUUCGAAGGUGCCGCUUUCCGUAUAUUAACUGCAAUUUAAGUUCGCAUCAACUCCAUAUUGAUUGAACAGGAGUAAAACACAAUUAUUUGCAUGACAACAACCGUUUGUUAUUGCACACCAGAACAACAUACGCGAACAACAAUCAACUGUGUGAAGUGGAAAACAUUCAUCGAACAAUCACGACACUAGUGCGAGAUUGCAUUCUAUCUUAACGAGUUGGCACUCAAGUAAAUCAUUCCUAUGGUAAUAGAGCUAUGUAGUGGAGGAAACAAUAAAAAAAUGAAAACAGUUCCAUAGCAUCCACG